AUGACUGCAGUUGGUGCUGUAGGACCAGGAUCUACAAUGACUGCUGUUGGUGCUCCCGCAGGAGGCCCAGGAUCAACCAUGACCGCAGUUGGUGCUCCCGCAGGAGGCCCAGGCUCAACCAUGACUGCAGUUGGUGCUCCCGCAGGAGGCCCAGGCUCAACGAUGACUGCAAUUGGUGCUCCAGCAGGUGGACGCUCCACGAUGACUGCAGUUGGUGCUGUAGGACCAGGAUCUACAAUGACUGCUGUUGGUGCUCCCGCAGGAGGCCCAGGAUCAACCAUGACCGCAGUUGGUGCUCCCGCAGGAGGCCCAGGCUCAACCAUGACUACAGUUGGUGGACGCUCAACAAUGACAGCAGUUGGUGCUGUAGGACCAGGAUCUACAAUGACUGCUGUUGGUGCUCCCGCAGGAGGCCCAGGAUCAACCAUGACCGCAGUUGGAGGACGCUCGACGAUGACCGCAGUUGGUGCUCCCGCAGGAGGACCAGGUUCUACAAUGACUGCAGUAGGAGCCCCAAUGGGAGGUCCAGGAUCUACAAUGACUGCAGUUGGCGCUCCUGCCGGAGGGACAUCCACGAUGACUGCUGUAGGCGCUCCAGCAGGAGGAAGAUCAACAAUGACAGCAGUCGGAGGAGCUGGUGCUCCUAGUGCAGCACCAAUGUCAGCUGGUGGCGGUGGCGGUGGCGGUGGUGGUCUACCGGGACAGUCCGCUUACUUUGGAGUUACCGGAGCGUCCGCUGGAGGCGCCCAGUCAGCGUAUUUCGGUGUUGGAGGAGGCGGUGGAGGCGGCGGUGUGCCCGCUCCGAAAGCUCCUGCAGCUGGUGGUCUCCCUGGACAGUCACAGUAUUUUGGCGUUGGUGGUGGUGGUGCCGGCGCUCCUGGUGCUCAAUCGGCUUACUUCGCACCCAAGUAA